AUGUCUGUCAAAUACGUCACCGAAGGCCUUCCGGCCGCCCCAGAAAUUUCCCUCAAGACCAUUCAUAUGGCGGGUUUGCGUGUCGAUGUCUAUGGCCUUGAUGAACUUCCUCCCAAUGUCCCCGUUUCGUGCCUGUGGCUUCUGCACCCUCGUACCAGAUCACGAGACACCAUGAAUGAUAUUGCGAGACGCACCAUAGGAGCAUGGGGCACGCAAGCUGGUAGCAACUCUAAGCGCGGUCUCAUCGCCCUGGCAUUUGAUAUGCCCAACCACGGAACUAGAAGGGUUAGUAUAUCAGCAAACCAUCCUUGGAGCAAGGGAAAUCCGACUCAUGCGCUUGACAUGUUUUCCAUGGUGAAGGGAGGCGUAUCAGAUAUGAGUAGUCUCAUGGACCUUGUUUCGGCAUUCUUUGGGGAGAAGAGAAUUGAUGCGGCUGUGGUGAUUAUCGGGUGUCCUGAUUUCGCAGGACUCAUGUCUGGUCGCGCUGCUGGAUCGAAACUCGACUGCGGCCCUGAUUUUAUCGGAAGCAAAUACUUCCCCAAAGAUCUCAUCGAAAUCUGCAGCAGACACGACCCUAAGGCUAUUUGCUUCGGUAAUUCGCCCAUCCCACCUUCACUAUCCUCUGCCGAACAGGGCCGCCUGAGGGCUAUUCUGGAUGAGCGCGUCAAAGACAAGAAGCUACUUCUCUGCUCCGGCGGUGACGAUGAAUUGGUUCCGUACGCCAAUACCAAGGAAUUUUCGACGUUAUUGAAGGAAGCUGUGGGUGAAAAGGGCUGGUAUCGCGAUGGUGGGCUGGAGGUGGAUGAUAGAGUAUACGAGGGUAUUGGACAUAAGUUCAGUCCCAAGAUGGUGGAGGAUGCUGUGCAGUUCUUGGUUAAUGCAGUGGAAAGGGGACCGAGAGGCAAGAUACAUGUCAGAGAGGGGGAGAAAAGUGUUCUGUAG